UCAUAGUCGGCAUGUAGAGCUGUACACAGUAUGGCCGGCGAUAUUAGCUAGCACUCGCUAACGGUAUUCUCUGCAAAAGGGAAGACGGUAACAGAAGAAAAAUCAUUUGGCUUGUUUAACGGACUGUACAUCUCUAAGUUAUAAUCUAAUUGAAUACGGAUUUAAUAAGAUCAAACGUUAUAACCGACGUUUACUUUUAAUUUUUUGAUUGUGCGUCUGUUGUCUCAUGAUGGAAGAUAGUGGUUCACAUUUCUUCGAGGGGACCGAGAAACUGUUGGAAUUGUGGUUCUCUCGGCAGGAUGAGACCAAAGGAACCGGGGACCUGCGCACCAUCCCAAGGUUUGAGUGGGACAAACUUUUGGAGAAUGUGCACUGUUUGAUCAUAAGUGUGACAAAGACCGACAAGCAGGAAGCUUAUAUACUCAGUGAGAGUAGCAUGUUUGUCUCCAAGAGACGUUUCAUUUUGAAAACAUGUGGAACCACCCUCUUACUGCAAGCACUGGUGCCUCUGCUGGAACUCGCAAGGGAGUACUGCGGGUUUGAUGCCAUCGAGAACUUCUUCUACUCCCGCAAGAAUUUUAUGAAACCAACCCAUCAAGAGUUUCCUCAUCGCAACUUCCAAGAGGAAGUAGACUUUCUCGGCCAGAUUUUCCCAAAUGGUGCAGCCUACUGUAUGGGACGUUUGAACGCUGACUGCUGGUAUCUGUUUACUCUGGACUUGCCAGAGUACUGGGAGAACAAGUAUGCGGAUCAGACACUGGAAGUUCUGAUGAGUGACCUUGAUCCAGCUAUUAUGGACCAGUUCUAUAUGAAAGAUGGUGUUUCUGCAAGUGAAGUCACUCGUAUGAGUGGAAUUUGUGACCUGAUACCAGGUUCUGUGAUAGAUGCGACAAUGUUCAACCCGUGUGGAUACUCAAUGAACGGAAUGAAGACUGAUGGGACCUACUGGACCAUUCACAUCACCCCAGAGCCAGAUUUCUCCUACGUUAGCUUUGAGACAAACCUCUCCCAGACAUCGUACGAUGACCUUGUCGGGAAGGUGGUGGAUGUUUUCAAGCCGGGAAAAUUUGUGACGACACUGUUUGUCAAUCAGAGUUCGAAAUGUCGCAGCGUCUUCUCUUCUGCCCAAAAACUCGACGGGUUCAAGCGUCUCGACCGCCAGCUGGCUCAGUUCAACGAUUACAAUUUUGUGUUCACAAGCUAUAUCAAGAACUGCCAGAAGAAUCAGAAGAGCUGAGGGUGGGAGAUGAAGAGGAGGCGGAAAAAAGGUGGCCGUUUGGAGUUUCUUCCUGGUGGCCACCUUCCAAUAGAAAUCUUACGGUCCUCAGCCUGCCUUCUUCCUCCCGCCCUCGUCUCCCUUAAUGAAGCUCACAGGGGUAAAGACGAGCCCAGUUUAACCUCCAAUAAGAGUUGUUUGCAUUGUUGUAUCUGUGACGUAGACCUCUUGCAUGAAAGCUCUUUUAUCUGUUUCCAUAUGCUAGCACACUCUUGGUGUGGUCUUGAAGUGCAUGUAGAGGAAUUAAACGCGCUCCAUUUGAGGCUUUCCACCUGUGACCAGUCCAAAGGCCCCUACUUGCAGAUCUCCUCCCUCAUCCCACACAGACAGGGCUUCCGGCCACAUUAAAACCACGCCCCUGACAUGCUCAGAUUAGUCUUAUUUAAUUCCGAUUUGCGACAAUUGGCGAGGAUCAUUCAUAAAGGAGUGCACUUUAUAGUCCUUUUUUUUUUUUUAACCCCGGGUUUAAAAAUGAAAGCUGGCCUUUUGUCUCUAUGAAUGUAUACAAUGGUUGCCAAGCCUUGCCAAUAUUCCUUUUUGGAAUUAAGUGAUCAUAUUUCCUGUCUUCCAAUUUUAAAUUGUGUACAAACUACAAAAUUGCAGCUUUAAACUCCAGGCCAGUGAAGGGACACAAUUCAAGACCUUUUUAUUAGCACAGUUUGUAACUCACAAUAUUUUUUUUUUGACUAUGUUGCAUCUACAGGAAGCCUCUAGCUUCCUGUUAUCACAAUCACACGGAAAAAGGAAUGUAGUCUAGGCACGCUGACGCCAUCUCGUCCACCCCAUCUUUCGAAUGUACACGACGUGUCUCCAGAGAAAAGCCUGGUCCACUUUUGAGCUGAAUGUAUGACUUCAAGCGUGCGCCGACUGACUCCGCCCCCACUCCUCUGCGCAUAGCUCACAAUGCCCUCUGCCGACUGUCUAUUGUCCCGUUCCCAGCAGGCCAGACAUGUCAAAUAUCCCCCCCAGAAUUAGAAGAGAGGUGAGCUGGCGGGGGCAUAAUGAAUCAGAAACUUUUUGCUUGCCCAGCAAACCAUUUUUUCCCUUUGACAAUAUCCAUCCCCUCUCUCACUUUCCGCCCCAUACAAAAAUGUGUAAGCGUACAAUCGAGACCCACCAGUCUGAGCAUGCCAGGGUCAUCCCGGAUCAUUCCACAUCCAACCACUGCACCAUCUGCCAUGUCAUUACUGGUGCCCAGACAUUUUUUUUUUUUUUUUUUUGCUGUCAAAUGGGCUUCCUCACUAUUCUUUGUUUGCAUCAAUGCCCUUUUAUAAACUUUGGGCUCAUGGAUGGAUGGUGGGUGAGGGGUGCAUGCAAGCAAUGCUGUAUUGCUAGACCGUGUCGUAAAGCGUCGUCUGUAUUUGCCCUCGUUUUGCUAGCUUGAGGCUUAUUUAAAGCUGCAUACUUCCCCUCCAAGUCUUCCUUGUGCUCAGUACAGCUGGUCAUGUUUUCCUUCUAACCACCUGCUACAGAGCCUUUAUUUUUUAUUUUUUUUUUAGAGUAAAAAUUACAUGGCUCCAGGGGAAAGUUUGACCCGCUUUGAGCACCACUUGUAUCACAAUGAUCUGUAAUCUGGCAUUUUCCUAGAUAGUGUACCAUGGCCUUUUGGAGUGGUUUCAGUAUUUCCUCGAGGACCAACAUCUGUACUUAACUUCCUCAGCUUGGCAGCCCUCCUCCUUCCACUAUGAGGUCCAGCACUGUUCAAUGCUCAUGCAGAUCAUUGGAUUGUUAGCUACUAAUAACUCGCUCGUUUCUUGCAGUGGACCAAUUUUUUCUUUCUGCCAAUGUCACUAGGUUUGGAGCAGUUUUGUUUUCAAAGUAAUGAUUCCACACUUUGCCACCUUUUGUGAAUCUUCCAGUUAAAACUCAAUUCUGAAAAGUCUCCGCUUGGGAAGUGUGAGUGCUGUUAUGGGUGGAGAAACUUUGCUGUUCUAAUUCUCUUUUGCGAUUUGGAUGGUCAAGAUGUGCUAAAAUCUAUGUGUUAGCUUAAUGCUAAAAUAAAAUAAUCAUCUGUGUA